AAAAAAAGGAAAUUAAAUGCCGCCCCCUGCAGACUGCCGCCCUGUUCGGCCGCACAUGUUGCACAUAUCAAGCUCCGCCACUGCUCUCCUCCAUUCAUUUUCAAUGAGACAUGCGCAACAAAGCGAUAAUCGCGGGUCUCCCUCCUACCAAGCGAAACGCGAAAAACGUGCAUGUGACAUUUUGCGCUCGUGCACGUGUCGUGCACAAGAGACCCAGCGAUGCGAUCCCAGAAAGUUGAAACAUUUUCAACUUUUCAUCGCUGUCGCUCGGACGAGGACCAAUCAACGGAGGUUUCAUUCACUGACCAAUGAGCGGACAGGAUGCUCCGUACAUCUUCGAGCAAACAUGAAGGAGAAGUUGAUUAUUAUUAUUAUGUUUUAUAUAGUAAAAUCACAAGUAAGAUUUCACUUAACUCUAACAGCACCAUAUCUACCACUUUUUUAAACUCUGAACCGCUUAAAUAACCUUAAUUACCUCCAACCUGACACAGCCAAACAAAACAACGGAAGUUUCGAUUUCGCCAUGGAACAGAACGCGUAGACGGCUUUGCCGCUGGCCGCUGCCGCGGAUCGCCUCCCGUGUGUCAGGUAAUAAAAACGACGGCGAAAAAUUUCGCUGAUCAUGGUCGUUUGUCACCUCCCGUGUGUCGAGCCCAUUAGGACUCCAAAGCACUUUACACUACAGUGUAUCAGUCAUCCAUUCACACACACAUUCACACACUGAUAGUGAUGAGCUACAAUGUAGCCACAGCUGCCCUGGGGCGCACUGACAGAGGCGAGGCUGCCGAGCACAGGCGCCACCGGUACCUCCGACCACCACCAGCAGGCAAUGUGGGUUAAGUGUCUUGCCCAAGGACACAACAGUAGAAUUCUCUGUCCGAAGCCGGGAUCGAACCUGCAACCUUCUGAUUACUGGACAACCCGCUCAACCUGUUGAGCUACUGCUGUUACCUACCUUGUUUUUGCUGAUGUUUUCUCCUAUCACUGUAGCCUUCUUCAGAGUUUUGCCACUGCUAGUUCCUUCUCUGUUCAUCAGCGGCGGUGAUGCCACCAACAGCAGCAACACUCUGAAGAAGGCUACAGUGAUGGUAGAAAACAUCAGCAAAAACAAGUUUAUCAACUCGGUUGGUAACAAUGCUGCCAAAGCCAAAUAUGAGAAGAUGGUACCUGCCUUCUACUAUAGACCUACUAACAAAGACUGCCAACUCCUGCGGGACCAGUGGAUCCGAGCCAAGUACGAAAGGAAGGAGUUCAUGUUUUUGGAGCAGCAGGAGCCCUACUCAGCAGGCUACCGAGAAGGGUUUCUAUGGAAACGAGGACGAGACAAUGGACAAUACCUCAACAGAAAAUUUAUUCUGUCAGAACGCGAAGGUGUUCUGAAAUACUUCAACAAGAAUGACGCCAGAGAGCCCAAAGCGAUCAUGAAGAUUGAUACGAUAAACGCCACAUUCCAGCCAGGUAAAAUUGGAACUCCUCAUGGGAUGCAGAUAACCUAUUUGAAGGACAACAGCACCAGAAAUAUCUUUGUCUAUCAUGAGGAUGGGAAGGAAAUGGUGGACUGGUUUAAUGCCAUCAGAGUAGCCAGGCUUCACUACCUGCAGGUGGCUUUUCCUGGUGCUCCUGACUCUGAGUGGUUACCAAAGCUAACCAGGAACUACUUGAAGGAGGGUUACAUGGAGAAGACAGGUCCGAAGCACACGGAGGGAUUCAAGAAGAGGUGGUUUACGAUGGACGACAGGAGACUCAUGUACUUCAAAGAUCCACUGGAUGCUUAUGCUCGAGGUGAGGUGUUCAUUGGCAAUAAGGAUCACAGCUACUCUGUUCUCCCCAUCCUUCCACCCAGUGUUCAGGGAUAUCACUGGCAGUUUGGAAUUACAAUAGUGACUCCGGACAGGAAGUUUCUUGUUACUUGUGAGACUGAGAAGGACAGGGAGGACUGGAUAGCAGCGUUCCAGAUUGUCCUCAACAGACCGAUGCUCCCGCAGGAGUACGCAGUGGAGGCAUAUUUUAAGCACAAGCCAUGAUCAACUCAACAACUUCUGGUGCAUCUCAGAGAAAAGCUUCUAGAAGAACUGGCUGCAGACUCCUUCCUCCUGGAGGCGUCUGGCACGUUUUGACUCAUGAACCUUUGAUGAUGUGCUUUAAUAUACUUAAAACAAGACGGAGCUGUUGCUGCUCACGUGUGAAGAAACGUCAGUCUUCUCUUCCCUUCUUGGCAGAACUAAGUUUGCAUUGCAGCACAGUUUCAUGAAAGUGAUAUUAACAUAACACACAGCUUGUAUACAUGGUCACACACACACACACACACACACACACACACACACACACACACACACACACACACACACACACACACACACACACACACACACACACGCACACGCACGCACGCACGCACACGCACACGCACACACACACACACAUUAAAUAAGCGUAUGAUAAUUAUUCCUAUUUAUUUUUUUUAAAUCUCAUUUGCAGAUGUAUUUAAUGCUGUGCACUGAUAUGCUUCUUUUGUAAAUUAACUAGCUUACUGUAACAUCUUUAUACUAUUUCCCUAUAUAUAUAUAUAUAUAUAUAUAUAUAUAUAUAUAUAUAUAUAUAUAUAUAUAUAUAUAUAUAUAUAUAUAAUUCUAGUAUAGUAUACUAUUAUAGUAUUUACUGUCACACCUUGUCCUUUGUUAUCCAGCAGGGGGAGACAAACUUUUAAAACAUUUCAAACACAAACCCUCCUGCUGCUGCCCCCUUCAUCAAACUGGUGGAGUCACUAAAGGGACUGGCAGUAAGACACACAUGUGUCAUGUGACCAUGAGGGUGCAGGAGUUACUUUAUUCAGAUCUGAAGAGUCAAGACCUCCAUGCUGUGCUGCAGAGCCAGCAAACCCGUUGUCAUACGUGUGAGUCUGGCUCAGAGCUGUUGGAGCUAGAAGACAAUUUGUUUAACUCAGUUUGAGACAUGGUUGAUAUUAAAAGUGUGAAUGCCACAAA